AUGACCACAGAGUGGACAGUAAUAUUGGCCCUGUCUCUGACGGUCAACGGGUGUGUUUUAAUACAUUGUUUGUGUCUAAAGGGACGUUCAUACCUGGCAAGGAAAUGCUGCUGUAACAAAUAUAAUUUACUCAUCGUCGCCAGCCAGGUAUAUGCGGAUAAGCCGGAACACUUAGCCAGAAGAGUGACGGAACAGUUGGUGCUGGUGGUCGCUGUUGUCUUUAGUUUGGUCCUUAUAAGUGUGUCUGGUGUUCUGUCUUCACCCUUCCAGAGCAAAAUUGACCCCGCCUUUAAAGACGCUGUCCAGGUCGCUCUGGCCAUCUAUCUUGGCAAGUAUGUGUAUGUGAUAGCCCAACAUAUUUAUAUACCGAAGCCCACAAACAUGGCACGUCUGCGCAUCGACAUAGUCCAUCACGUUACAACUGUUGUCUGCUACUCAAUUUUUGUGAUAUAUAUGCAGAAUUUACUUUUAGCUCUUGUUGGCAUCACUAUGGAGAUGAAUACGACGGUCAUCGAAUUUGCCCGAACAGCUAAAGACAUGAACGAGAAUAAGACAAGUUUUUAUCGGAAGUUAAGCAUCGUUGGUUGUGUCGUCACGUCUAUUUUCCGAGGAGCAGUGCCGUUUGUGUUUCUGGUAUUAUGUAUUUGUCGAGAAACGCCAUUCAGCAUGAAGUAUGCGCCGCUAACGGCUUUCUUUGUAAGUUUAAUAUUUUUUUCUGUGAUUAAUGUUUGGUUAAUACUUAAUUCAGUUCAGAGACUAUAUAAUGUGUACAGCUACCACAGCAUGGGUUUGACCGGAAGUGACGAUUAUACCCGACCCACGUGUGCACCAGGAACCACAAAUGUUGAUAUGAGAAACAACAAUUUAGGAUAUGUACGAAGCUAUGACAAUAGAAAUAUUUCUACUUGUGAGGAUGAAAAACUUAAUAUUAAUAAGAAGAAUUUUACAAAAGAGUCGAUCCGACUACCAUUUGCAUUGCACGUGGACAAGAUGAUUGAUAAUUGUUCUCUGGUUUUUACGAGUUCCCAAGACGAGGAAGAUGAGAAUCAUAUAAACGAUAGAAUAAAUGCUUCUAUAAUUCGAAACAAUAUCGGGACUUUAAGACAAAGCAAUGAUUCCACCACUUCGGACAUAUCUGGUGAUUACAUGGUGGCAGUUUUACCCGAACUUAAUAACAUUCAAUGUACGUCGCACCCAUUAUUGAAUUCAACGGCAGGUGAAAGGGCAAGUGAUCACGUGACGUAUGUAAUGCCUAACCUGCCGAUUGGCGCUGACAAGAGUCCUUCUGUAGAAGCGGACGGCGUAUCUAGUGACGCGAGCAGUUAAUCACGUGUUAAAGUAUUUCAUAUAAUUUUUAUUAUGUUUUAAGUCCACUUGCACUGA